CCAGCUCAGAUGUUAGAAAAGGCAGCUGACAAGCGCAACUGACGGAGAUUUUAUUAUUUGAUGCUUCUGGAUUACUUUCAGCUCUCCUUAAACCAGAUUUAAACCCGGAAUAUUCCAGUUUAUUUGAUUUUCUGCACUGACAGCUGAAAGAUGCUGCAUUGAGACAGAGGAGCGCACUGAACGUGUUUAUUCAUAUGUGAAAGUGUUAAUUGAAGGCUAUUUGUUUUGGUCACUUCUGGAGAGAGAAAAGCUCAGAUCUACUCGGCUCCUGCUUGCUAAGGACAACAUGCCGCAGACACCACCUUUCAAGGGGCAGCUGAACACUGGUGGCUACAACAACAAUUUGUACGAGACCAAGGAGCAAGGCUACCCCGGCCUCUAUUAUCAUGGCAGCAACCUGGUGUCCGGCUCCCUGGAGGCCCUCAUUCACCACCUGGUGCCAACUGUGGACUAUUAUCCUGACAGGACGUAUAUCUUCACCUUCCUGCUCAGCUCUCGCCUCUUCAUCCACCCGUAUGAACUCAUGUCCAAAGUGUACCACCUGUGCUUCGAGCAGCAGAGACUAAGUGAUCCUCAAGCAGAUAAGCUAAGGCUCAGAAAGAUCACUCCAAAGAUUCUCCAGUUGCUGACAGAGUGGACAGAAACUUUUCCAUAUGACUUCAGGGAUGAGCGAAUGAUGCGCAGCUUGAAGGAGCUGACCCACCGACUUGCCAGCGGAGAUGAGGUGUACAAGAAGGCAGUGGGCCAGAUGAGCCAGGGUCUGAUCAGGAGGUUGACGGUACUCAGCCAGUAUGAGGAGGCACUGGUCAAGAUCAACGGCACAGCGGCCGAGCGACUAACAGCUCUGAAGGCGAAAUCGCAGGCAGCGGUCCAAAGAGACUUGCUCUCCAUUUGCAACGACCCCUUUACUGUUGCCCAGCAGCUCACACACAUAGAGCUGGAGAGACUGAGCUACAUUGGACCUGAGGAAUUUGUUCAGGCGUUUGUCCAUAAAGACCCUCUGGAAAAUGACAAGAGCUGCUUCAGUGAUCGCAAGAAGGCUAGCAACCUGGAGGCCUACGUCGACUGGUUCAACAGACUCAGUUAUCUGGUGGCCACAGAGAUUUGUUUGCCUGUGAAAAAGAAGCACCGAGCCCGAGUCAUGGAGUUCUUCAUCGACGUGGCGCGGGAGUGCUACAACAUCGGCAACUUUAACUCCCUCAUGGCUAUCAUUUCUGGGAUGAACAUGAGUCCAGUGUCCCGCCUAAAGAAAACCUGGAGCAAAAUCAAGACAGCCAAGUUUGACAUCUUAGAGCAUCAGAUGGAUCCUUCAAGCAAUUUCUACAACUACAGAACAGCACUGAGAGGAGCCACACAGAGAUCCAUCACAGCUAACAGUACCAGAGAGAAGAUUGUCAUCCCUUUCUUCAGCCUGCUUAUUAAAGACAUCUACUUUCUCAAUGAGGGAUGUGCCAACCGCCUGCAGAACGGCCUCAUCAACUUUGAAAAAUUCUGGGAACUUGCCAAACAAGUGAGUGAAUUCAUGACAUGGAAGCAAGUGGAGUGUCCAUUUGAGAAAGACCGCAAGAUCCUGCAGCACCUGCUGACCGCUCCCGUGUUUACAGAAGAUGCUCUUUAUCUGGCAUCGUACGAAAGCGAAGGUCCUGAAAACAACAUGGAGAAGGACAGAUGGAAGUCUCUUAGAUCCACUUUGCUGAGCAGAGUUUAAGGCUGAAGAAAUCCCGGAAAGGAGGAAAACUCAACAGGCAGAAGGCACCAUGUCAGCACUGCUGUUGUCCAAGCAAAGUAUCCCGAUCUCAGAAGGGAAACGACAAUCUCUCCUCAAGCUGUGGAGGACUCUGAAUGUCCCACUCCCCAGCACUGAGCUGUGAUUCCCCACCCUGCCCUCCAGCCCCUCUGCCCACCAUGCUGUAUAUUUUAAGACAGCUGUUUUCCAUCUCUUUGUAUGACUUUUUAGUCGUUAUGUUAAAGACACACUACGGACCUUAGAGGUAACAAAGAAGGUUGAUCUUUCUCUGUGCAAAGGUUUCAGGGGCAUGUUGCAACCCCUGAUGAUUUAAUACUUUUAUUAUUGUGUUAGCUGCUGGUCAGCUCACAUGGCAGAUAUGCUACAUACCUUCCUGUUCCUAAUGCCAGCAUUCUCUGUAUGGAGAAGCCAAACCUUAACACUGUAGCUCCAUAGGACAGCAUUAUUUCUGCUGUUCAUUUUCCCUUCUUUUCUCAUUCCAUAACUUCUGAUUAGUAAGUCAAACAGUCUGGUUGUGAUGUGUGUUUAAAAAUGCACUGGCUGUAUUUCAGAAAAGCUUCUUUUUUGUUUUUUGUUUGUUUUACACUUAUGAGAACAUUUUAAAGUAGAAAACAACACUUAUUUAAAUCUUGGCUGACUGGUGGUGUGGAUUUAUUUGUUAGAGGAUUGCUGUUCGAAAGCAACUCUCUGCUGCUGAGGUUACAUGCUGCCCCCUGGUGGUCGGUGCAGAAAAAAAUUUGUGUGUUUGAAAAUGUAUUAAAUAUUUGUUUUAUUUAUAAAUGUGUGCUGUCAUGUUGUGUUUUCAUUUUGUUAUUUAAUUUUGUACUAGAUUCAUAUCAUGCUUAGCCCUCAGAAUUUCUUGAUAAUGUUAUCUUUUCAAGGCACCAGGUCAGAAGAUGAAGUUAAAUGAGUUUUUUGACUGAUGUCUGCUUUGCCUUGACGGUUUUCACACAGAAUCUUGUUUUUUUUUUUUUUUUAUAUAUUAUUUGUGUCUGUGUCUCUUUCUCACUCCCUCCCUGUGUUAAUGAUCUAUUUGUAUUUGUGCCACUGAAACGGAAUAGAGAAACCGUUUAUAAUUGAUUUAGUUGUGUUAAAACGAGAAAGUUAAUAAAUAGUUUUGUC